AUGGAGGUCUAUGACUUGUUCGAGACUAUUGAAGUAGUUCUUGAUAAAUUUGUCGGUGUUACUUGUGUUACGCCUAAGACACGGACUAUUUUGUUGGGCUUGUUCAUAUUAGAAGAACGAUUAUUCAACCAUGGUUUAACACAGUCAAAUUACAAGGAGUUGAAUGUGUUGUACGAGAGAUAUAGAGAUCGAGGCUUUGAAAUCCUCGCUUUUCCUUGCAAUCAGUUUGGUUAUCAAAAGCCAGGAACUAAUGAGGAAAUCGAGGAAACUGUAUGUACAAGAUUUAAAGCUGAGUUCCCGAUCUUUGACAAGAUCGAGGUCUAUGGAAAGAAUACAGCACCCCCCUUUACAAGUUCGUUUUUGGUGAAUAAAGAAGGAAAAGUCGUGGAGAGAUACGCUCCGGCCACAUCGCCACUUGCAGUUGAGAAAGACAUACAGAAUAUUUUGCCAUAAUAUUGAAGUGCAUUGCCAAACAGUAGAAAUGAUAUGAAAUAUUCAUCUUCCUCCAUCA